UCCAAGCCCUUGCUGUGUCACAGCCUGCGUGGAAGCUGCAGGAGCCCUCGGGCUGCAUAAAUAGUGCUGGGAGCUGCCGGCUCUGCAGCUACCGCGGCACUGGCAGCACAGGUGAGCAGGGCAGGGGCUGCAGGGGCUGCAGGGAGCCGGGAGGGAGCCUGGAGGGAGCCAGGAUGGAGCCCAGCUCUCCAUGGGCUCUGGCUGGGGGCUGCUGGUCCCUGGGCCUUCCCUCACCUCUCUCUGUGCUCCCGCAGGAGUCCCCAGCACUCAGGAUGGCGCCCAAGGUGGCCGCCCUUGUCCUGGUUCUCCUGGCGAUCUCAGGCUCCCGGGCCGAUGUGAACCCUGAUGAGGUGGCCAGCGUGAUCUGGAAGUACUUCACGGAGCUGGGCAGCAAUGCCAAGGACACGGCGGAGCAGCUGCACCAGAGCGAGCUCAGCAAGCAGCUCAACACCCUGCUGAAGAGCAACCUGCAGAGCGUCAGCGCCUACGCCGAGGACCUGCAGCAGCGCCUGGAGCCCUUCGCCAUGGAGCUGCAGGCCAAGCUGGCGCAGGACUCGCAGCGCCUCAAGGAGCAGAUCCAGCGGGAGCUGCAGGAGCUGCGGGCCAAGCUGGCGCCCUACGCCGACCAGGUGCACCAGCAGAUCGGCACCAACAUCCGGGAGCUGCGGGCCAGGAUGGACCCGUACGCCGAGGAGCUGCGCUCGCAGGUGGAUCGCAGCGCCGGCGAGCUGCGGCGGGCGCUGGAGCCCUACGCGGCCGAGCUGCGGGAGCGCCUGCAGGACAACGCCGAGAGCGUGCAGGCCUCGCUGAGCCCCUACGCCGAGCGCCUGCAGCGGCAGAUCGACGGCGGCGUGGAGGACAUCCAGCGGCGGCUGUCGCCCGUGGCGGACGAGCUGAAGGCGCAGGUGGAGCAGAGCGUGGCCGAGCUGCGGCGCGGCCUCGGCCCCUACGCGCAGGAGGCGCGGGACGGGCUGGAGCGGCAGCUGCAGAGCCUGAGCGCGCACAUGGAGCGGGCGGCCGAGGAGCUGCGGGCCCGCCUGGCCGCCAGCUCCGAGGAGCUGCGCGCCCAGCUGAGCCCGCUGGCCCGGGAGCUGCGGGAGGCGGCGAGCGGCGACGCCGAGAGCCUGCGGCAGCGCCUGCAGCCCCUGGCGCGGCAGCUGGAGCAGCGCCUGGGCCAGAGCCUGGAGACCUUCCGGCAGCAGGCGGCUCCCUUCGGGGAGACCUUCGGGCAGCAGCUGGUGCAGCGGCUGGAGGAGAUGCGCGGCAAGCUGGACUCGGGCGCGGCCGGCGUGGAGGAUCACCUGGAGCUGCUGGAGAAGGAGGUGCGGGACAAGGUGGCCGCUUUCCUCAGCACCGCCGCGCCCCCGCAGGACUGA